AUGGAGGAGACUCUCAUUCCUGGAUUGCCUUACGACGUGAGCUUGCAAAUUCUGGCGAGAGUGCCAAGGCAAUUUUACUCUCAAUCUAUGUCCAAAGUUUCUCUCUCCUGGAGGGAAGCUGUAAUAAGUCGUACUCUUUUCGCCCAGAGAAAAUGUCUGCAGGUAACGGAAUCGUGGGUUUACACAGCUGUGGUGUGCGAGCGUGGGAAUCGACCCUACAUCCUCUGGUUCGCCAGGAAUGCAGCUGUACAGGAUUCAGAGUCGUGGCCGUUGCCGUUAAUGGGGGAAGAACACAGACCUAUCUGUGGGUUCAGCUGCGCAGUAAUUGGCGAUCUACUGUUUGUAAUUGGCGGCUGUGAAUGGCAGAGCAAUUGUACCAAUUUUCCGGCGACCAACAAAGUGAGCGUCUUCAACGCCCGUACAAAUCGGUGGAGUUGCGUGGAGGGCAUGAAAGAUGCCCGGGCAAAUUUUGCAUGUGGAGUAGUUAACGGGAAGGUUUAUGUUGCAGGUGGAGAGAGCUCCGUUGAUGUGGGUGCCCAGAAUUCUGAGUAUACAGAGUGUAAUUGUCUAAAAUCUAGUGAAAUUUAUGAUCCAUUGACGAACAAGUGGGAGGGUGUGAGGGAUAUGAUUCAUGCCAUGCAUUUUGUGAGAGGGCGAGUGGUGGACAACAAAUUUAGGGUUUGUGGCUUCGCUUGUGAAGGGGAUUUGCAAUUCUGUGAAGUUGCAGAGGCAUUGGAAGAAGCAGAGAUGAAGUGGGUACAACUUCUUCAUGGGGAAAGUGAAAGUGACGUUUCGUUGCUCGAGACGGAUUGUGAGUCUCAAUUAGGAAAGGUAAUUGAAAAUGACUCUGCUCUCAUUGCGUCGUUGUCUAAUGCAUUUGUUGAUGUGGAAAAUGAGGAAGAAAUGGAGGAUUUUGAAUGUGGACGCAAUCUGCGAGGCAGUAUUGUAAUAGCGCUGUGA